AAUAGGAAUAAAUACAAAAAAAAAAAAAAAAAAAAGAUAUUAACAUCAUACAAGUAUAUAUAUAUAUUAUAUGUAUAAAUAUAAUGACUUCUUUAAAUCAAAAGGUGGAAUCUUCACUUGGUACACCCAGAAAACUGAAGUUUGAACAACUACGAGCAGACUAUGAACUUUUUUUGCAUACAUAUGAAAAACCAACAUGGAUCUAUAGAUUUAUACAACGAAGACAUCAAUUAUCGCCUUUUAUGCUACACAGAAAUUUGUCUUAUUUUAAAGAUCGAAGAACAAAGAGACCACAGCUGCAGCAAGUUAAAAGGAAAAAUUUUCAAUUGGACCUGUUAUUAAAAGACUUUAAAUCAACUGAAUUGAAUGUUAAAAGUGAAAGUAAUGAGGAAAAUCAUUAUCUGAAUAUAUCUUUUAAUGGAUUCUUUCAUGGUCCAGGUUUUGCUGAAGAAAUAUUUGAAACAAAUGAACCGAAAGAACAAGAACUGUUUAAAGACGACUUUGUCAAAGUAGAAAUACACUUAUGUCAAGUAUACCAUAAAAAGAAAAAGUGCCAAGAUUCUGAACAAAUGGAUCUUAUUCCUCUUGGGUCUUGUAAAGCUCCUUGGAAUCCACGCACUCAACUUCUUCUGCCAUGUUCAUCUGUUAAUCUCACUGUUCCUCCUAAUGCGUUUGUUGAAAAUGGUCGUGCUGUAAAAGCACACAUAUUAUCUUUCACAGUCAUUAUUACAGUGCCUAAAAAAGGUUCAUCAAAAAACAUAAAAUCAGACCGAACUGAAGAAAAUGGAUUACAUCGCCCAUUAAAACGUCAAAAGUGUGACAAUUCUGAUGCUGACAGUGAAACUAAUAGUUUAACUUAUCCAGCUGAUGUAUGUGUAGCAUCAUUUUCGGCAGAAAUGAUUCUCUAUGACCGUCUUAAAAAUUGCUUGUUGACAGAUGGGGAUUAUGAGUUACUCUUACAUGAAAAUUCACCGACAAUUCGAAAAUCAAACAGUUGGGAAAGCAAGUUCAAAUCAAAGCUGGGACCGUUUGCAGCAUUUUCUUUUGGUCCGACUAUAAAGUUUAACCUCACCUGGGGAACAAAACCAAUAGCACCACUGGCAGCUGCCUAUAAAUGUCUUGCAUCUCCUUAUCAAGACAAUUCCAAUAUAAAGAUUGAGUUAGAAAUGUCAAAAGAAACAAAGUCUGUUGCAGUAACUUCUGCAGAAAAGAAUAUGCGAAUGUUUUAUCGGUUUAUUUAUAAUGGAUCCACUAGACAACAAACUGAAGCCAAAGAAGGUAUGGCCUGUCCUUGGUGUGCAUUGGACUGCAAAAGAUUAUAUGUUUUGUUAAAGCAUUUUAAAACUUGUCAUCCUCGAUUUUCUUUUGUAUACACAGCUAUAAAAAAAGGGCACCUAAUAGAUGUACGUAUCAAAGAGAAUUUUGAAAAUUCAUUAGAGAUUGAUGGUAUUAAAGAUAUUGGAUUUAUUGAUAUUGCAAAUGCUCCAAAGAAAAGGAAUUCAGAAACAGAAAUUAUUGUUGGACGGCCUUACAAACAUCAAGAAGAUUUAAAAGAGUUUACAGAACUUGAUCAGUUAGAAAAUGCAUCACAAAUGAAUCAUGACAGGUCUUAUUACCACACGCUUAACAACCAGCUAUUACCUAGUCUGGCACAUCAUGAUAUAAAAGCUGAAGAUGAUAUCGCUCCAGAGUGGUUAAAGGAGAAAACUUUAGAGAUGAUUGAAGAAUUUACUGAUUUAAAUGCUGGUGAGAAGCAACUGAUGAAAUUGUGGAACAUUCAUGUUUUAGAAAAAAAUUAUAUUGCUGACUUCACUUGUGCUAGAGGGUGCAUAUCUUUUGCCGAGGAAUAUGGUAAAGAAAUUAUUCAAAACAAUCUAAUCAAAAAUUUUAUGCUUCAUCUAAAUAACUUAAUUGAUUUUCAUAUUAUACCACAAUCUGUGCUGGUUAAGUCGAUGGCUAUCAUCUACAAGUUGAAAGAAGAACUUUUACCAAAAAUGUAGAAAUUGCGGAAAAUAGUUUCACUACUUUA